AUGAGGUUUCGAGGCAAGGCUGCUGCCUCAUGGCGCAGUCUCCUGCUGUCGUCCCUUUUGUGGACGGCGGCCUUUGCGAAAUCAGAUACACCGACGAUGAGCGUUUCGAGUUUCGAGAAUCCUCCUAGAAGCCUCCGAUACUUCCGUGGCUCCGACGAUGUCCUCUUCCACGACCCUAUCGAGCGAGUCGUCUACCGCUCCGUCGAUGCGGGAACCACCUGGCAUAAGAUUGAGGGCGUGCCCGCCGGCGCGGCUUCUGCCCUCAUCAUGCACACAUAUGACUCCAGUCGCGCUUUUAUCCUUGGACGAGAGAGCGACCACUACCGUACGAACGACAAUGGCAAAACCUGGCACAAGUUUACCAGCGCCUCCGAUGCGACCUUUUCCGAAACUGAGCGCAUCUCCGACGAGGUGCUCAGCUUCCACGCGGGCGACCCGGACAGAAUCAUAUUCAACGGUGUGCGGUGCAAGCUGUUCCUGUGUGCUUUGGUGACGACGUACACGACCGACGGGUUCGAGUCUCCGCCCAAGGAUCUUCGACAAUUUGCCACGGGCUGCUGGUGGGCCAAAUCCGCCCCCGAAUUCACCACUGGCGACGACGAACUCGAUGCGAACCGCGUUCUGUGCAUCGUCGAAGACGGAUUUACUAUGCUCAAGGAGGACCAGCGCCUCGUCAUCUCGGACAACUUUUUCCACCAAGGCAAGGAGGGCGAGUUUGAGCCCAGCGUCGGGAGCACCAAGGGGAUCAUUGGCGCCGUGAACAUUGCAUCCGUCAAGAAGUUUAUUCUCGUAGCCACGACCUCGCUACGAACGGAUGAAAUGGCGCUCUACGUCUCUACCGAUACCAAGACGUGGCACAGGGCCAUGUUCCCCGAAAGCCACGGCCACACCAUUAACCAGGGAUCCUACACCGUGCUGGAGAGCACAAACUACAGCAUCCAAAUCGACGUCAUGAAUUCGCGCCCAUCAUCGCCCAUGGGUGUCCUAUUCACGAGCAACUCCGACGGCACGUACUUUACCGAAAAUGUCGAGUACACGAAUCGCAACGAAAUGGGCCUCGUCGAUUUUGAAAAGAUUUCGAGCAUCCAGGGCGUCUUCCUGGUCAAUACUGUGAAGAACGGAGAAGAAUUACAAAAGCAUAGUGAUAGAGGAAGGGAGGUUGUGACAGAGAUCACAUUCGACGAUGGCCGCACGUUUGAAAAGGUUAUGGCCAAGGACAAGAGGAUCCACCUCCACUCCGUCACGCAGCUGUUGAAUCUAGGCCGCGUCUACUCAAGCCCCGCCCCCGGCCUUGUCAUGGGUAACGGUAACACUGGCGAUCACCUCAAGUCCUUGAGCGACGCCGACCUCUACGUGUCGGACAAUGCGGGCGUAUCUUGGAAAAAGGCCCUCGACGGCCCCCACAAGUACGAUUUUGGCGAUCAGGGUUCGAUCCUCGUGGCCGUAAAACACUCAACCGAUGGCGAAGAAACGGUUUCCGACUUUAGCUAUUCUCUCGACCACGGUGACAACUGGAAGAGGGUGUCCCUUCCCGACAAGCUCGAAAUUGUUCCUUCGUGGCUCACGACGACGCAGGACUCAUCGACGCUCAAAUUUCUCCUCCUCGGCAGAGAUUCCAGCCGUGACGGCAAAUAUCACAUGGUCAGCAUCGAUUUUGAUGGUCUCCAUGAGCGUACUUGUGGGGACAAAGAUAUAGAAGAAUGGCACGCCCGUGCCGACAGCGAAGGCCACCCUACUUGCAUCAUGGGACACAAGCAAACGUUCCAGCGACGCAAGAAGGACGCCGAAUGCUUUAUUAAGAAGGAGUUCAAGGAGGCUAUUGCGAAGAAGGAACCAUGCGAAUGCGCGGACCACGAUUUCGAGUGCGACUUCAACUUCGUCAGAGACGAUGACAAGAAAUGCGGGCAAGGGCGAGCAAAGGAUGAUCUCGUCGAGCGCAAGUGCUCAGACGUUGUCGGAGGAGGACCGCCCUCUGGCGGGGCCGGCGACGGCGAGAUUGUCGAGGACCACUAUGAGUUCAAGACCGAGUUUGAAACGUUCCAAAAGUUUUACCUUGAACGCGGCGAUUCCAGCCAACGUGACGACGAGUCCCUCAUCGUGCGACCGGUCCGCUUCGAGGGUAGCGCGAUGAUAGCGGAAAACAAACUCUGGCGCACCUCGGAUCACGGCAAGAAGUGGGAGCGGAUUCUAGAGGACCAGAAGAUCAAGCGCAUCUACCCGCACCCGACCUUUAACGACGUUCUCUUCUUCACAACCGACUCGGAAAAGGCACCCCUCGCGGACGAAGUCAACCAACUCUCAUUCCACCCGAACAAGAAAGACUGGAUCAUCGCGAUUGUCGAAAAGUGCGAUGACUCGGGCAAGAGCUGCUACCGUGAGGCGCACCUCUCGAAGAAUCGAGGCGAUGAUUGGGAUCGUAUCCUGCACCACGUAGUGAAGUGCGAGUUCACCGGAGGCGACGCUUUCAAGAUGAGGUCUGAGAAGCAGAUUAUAUGCCUUGCCCAGGACCAGGACGACGAAUACGCCAAGGAGAACCGAAUUUUUGUCAGCGACGACUUCUUCGCCAAGGAUGUGACCAAUCCCAAGCUCAUUGGCGACAGCACCGAGGGUGAAGCAUCCCACCGCAACUACGCGACCAUGUCCGAGUUUGUGGUUGCUGCGGCCGCGCACGACGGCAUGGAUGGCCUCGUCGCGUUUGCCAGCGUCAACGGCAAAAAUUUUGCACAGGCCAAGUUCCCCGUGAACCUCAAAGCGGACCACAGCACCGAGUACACAAUCUUGGAUAGCUCCACGCACGCCGUCAACAUGUUCAUCCCCACGGAAACGGCCGCGGGGCGACGGUACGGAAACAUCCUCAAGAGCAACUCCAACGGUACCUCGUACGUGCUGAGCGCCUCGGGGGUCAACUGCAACGAUGAUUUCUACGUGGACUACGAGAAGAUACCCGGCCUGGAGGGCACCAAGGUGACGUACAACGACGGGUCCGAGUGGUAUCACCUGGCCCCGCCGGCCAAGGACGUCGAAGGCAAGUCGUUUAGCUGCUCUAGCGCCAAGGGUGACUCGUCGUGCGCCCUGCACUUGCACGGGUUCACGGAGAGGAUAGACAAGAAGAGGACGUACUCUGUGACAACCGCCGUGGGCCUCAUGUUUGGGUGGGGCAACGUCGGUUCGCACCUCGGGCCGUUGGAGGAAGCCGACACGUUCAUGACCACGGACGGCGGAAUCACCUGGAAGCAGGUACAAAAGGGCGUUUGGACGUGGCAAUACGGUGAUCAAGGCUCCCUGACGGUGCUGGUGCAGCAACGGCUGGAGAAGGCGAACCAAAAGGUCAAGACAGACCACGUGCUGUACUCGACGGACGAAGGCGAGACGUGGAAGAAGCACAAGUUUUCCGAGGGCGAGUUGGUCGUGUACGAUAUCACGGCGCCUCGAUCGGGGUCCUCGCGCAACUUCAUUCUCUGGGCCAGCAAGAGCAAGGGCCAGCCGGUCGCCAUCAACUUGGACUUUUCGGGCCUCACGUCCCGGCCCUGCGAGGAAUCGGACUACUAUACCUGGACGCCGCAGGACCCUUCGGGAGGAUUGGGAUGCCUCUUUGGCCACAAGUCCAAAUACUUGCGCAAGUCCAAGAAGAGCGAGUGCUACAACGACGGCAGGGUUCGUCAUGAGCUCAUGGUGGAGAACUGCGAGUGUGCGCGACGCGACUUUGAGUGUGCCUACAACUACGAGCUAGAUGGCAGCGGGCAAUGCUCGCUGGUGCCGGGGCUAUCCCCGCUUUCCGUGGAGGAGUGGUGCAAGCUGCAUCCCGACGAACCCGAGUAUUACGAACCCACGGGAUACCGACGAAUCCCGCUGACAACGUGCGAGGGUGGACGGGAGCUAGAUAAGUCGCUUAAUAGUCAGCCGUGCAAGGGUCACGAAGAGGAGUAUGAGAAGCGGCACAAGGUGUCUGGAGUAGUCAUCUUCUUCGCGGUCACGAUUCCGUUUGCGCUGGCUGGUGCUGCGGGGUGGUGGGUGUGGCGCAACUGGAAGAGCCAGUUUGGGCAGAUCCGGUUGGGCGAGCCAAACGCGUUCAACAGCGAAGCGCCGUGGGUCAGGUAUCCCGUCAUUGCGGUGUCGGCGGCGGUAGCGUUGGUAGCGGCCCUGCCCUUGGUGGCGACGAGUCUCUGGCGGGCGGCGACAUCGACGUACCAGCGGGUGGGCGGUGGCGGUGGCGGUGGCGGCGGCGGCGCGAGCAGGAGCUGGUUCUCUCGGGGGCCAAGGCGGUUCACAACACGGGAUAGCUUCGCUCGAGGAAUGGGUGAUUAUGCGGACGUGGAUGAUGUGGAAGGAGAGCUGUUGGGCGAUGACAGCGACGAGGACAUAUAG